GCGGAAGCUUGUUCAUGCUGCGACAGAAAACAUGGCUGCGCUGUUGAGAUCAGCCCGGUUACUUAAGUACAAACCUUCGUGCUUGCUUCAGAUCACAGGGACAAAAAGUAACGGCGUGUCGGCUGGUCGAUUAUACAGCGGAGUAAUUGGAAGCAGAAACCUUGGAGUGUGUCCCCACCAGCUAUUUCCAUCGUUAGGAAAUGCGCCCAGGCAUUUGUUACCACUUACAACUAGUGUGGUGCGUAGCUAUGCAGUUGCCACAGAGCGUAAAGAAGAGGCAAGUGCAGCUGUACGCUCAAAGCAGGCACAGCAGUUUGACUGGGCUUUGAGCAAGUUGGAUAGCUCUGUGAGAAGGACUGGUCGCAUCACAAAAACACUGCUACUCCGCAUCUUCCAUGACAUCUGCAGAACAGGUUAUCCCAGUGGUAAUCAAGCCUUGUUGUUACUUCGGAGCUGUGGAUCACUGUUACCAGAAGUUCCACCUGCAGAUCGCACUGAGUUAGCUCAUCACAUCUGGGAGAAAUUACAGGAGCUGGGUGCUCAGUAUGAUGUCAGUCAUUACAAUGCUCUGCUGAAGGUUUACUUGCAAAAUGAGUUUAAAUUUUCUCCUAUGGACUUUUUGGCAAAAAUGGAAGCAGUAAACACCAUUCCCAAUAGAGUAACCUAUCAGAGACUUAUUGCUGCGUAUUGUCAAAAUGGAGACAUUGAAGGAGCAAGCACAAUAUUGGGAUUCAUGAAGAGCAAAGAUUUGCCCAUCACAGAAGCAGUCUUCAAUUCUCUGGUUACUGGCCAUGCCCGUGCAGGUGAUAUUGAGAGUGCGAAAAACAUCCUUACAGUGAUGCGAAAUGCCGGAAUUGAACCAGGACCUGAUACUUAUGUCUCACUUCUUAAUGCCUACGCACAAAACGGAGACAUGGAGAAUGUGAAAGCGACCCUGGAGGCAGCAGAAAAUGCAGACUGUAGUUUGAUGGACAGAGACCUAAUGCAAGUUAUUUUCACACUGGCAAAGGCUGGACACCAUCAACACACCCCAGAAAUGAUAGAGCGUAUGAGGCAUGAGAGGGGCUACAUCCCAGAUGCUAUGAAUUUGUGUUUGAGUCUUAUCACACAUGGCCAGGAAGACACUGCCUUUCACAUCCUAAAGAGUUUCCCCACCUUGCAAAUGGAUAACGUUAGCCCAGACUCUCUAAACCUUGGAAACUUUUUCCUUAGACAUUGUGUCAGCAUGGAAACGUCUUUAGAAAAAAUUGGGCAAUACUGUAAAGAGCUUCAAGAGGCCAAUUUGCACACAUCACCUCUUAUCUUUGUAUUGUCUUGUGCUUUGGAAGCCAAGAAAACCGGUAUGUCUAUUGAGCUGAUGAAGAUGUUGAAAGACCAAAAGAUGCCAGUCAGACCACACUUCUUUUGGCCACUCCUCACUGCUCACGUCAAGGACAAAAACUUGACUGCUGUUGUGGAGAUUGUGAAAGCCAUGCAAGAUCUCGGUGUAGCCCCAGAUGUAGACACUCUUUCCACGUAUGUUCUCCCUGCCUUCCCCAGCUCGCAGGAGGCCAGACAGGCGCUCAAGGAUGCUGGUGUCUCACUGGAGUCAGAAGGGUUCUUGUCUUCAGAGAUUCGCUCACUGGCUGUUCGAGACCUGGCCGGGCUGUACACUUUAUUGUCUGAUGCCUCUUUGCCCACACCUGAACUGAUAGCCUUCCGGGGCAGCCUCAUCAUUGGUUUCAGAAAGUCAUCUGAUGUGGAGAGCAUGGCCAAGAUUACAGAGUUGUUGUUCCAAAAGGAGAGCCUGUAUGGGGAAAACACCAAACCUGCUGAAGCGGGAGCCUUCUUUUUGUACAACCUGAUUGAAAACAUGCCAGAGAAGGAGUUACAGGCUCAAGAAGACAAACUGAGGAAAUACUUCAGUCAGCUUCGACAACAGAAUAUAACAGUCUCAGCCAAUAUCUACAGAGGCAUCAGGAACCUUCUAGAAGCUCACCAUGUUCCUGAACUCAUCAAAGAUGUGCUUGCUUUGGUGGAUCCUAAAAUGUCCAAUGGUUUAGCUCAAGAUGCUCCCCGUACCAGUGAAGGAGCCAGUAGGGUGUUGACUUUGGAGAAGAAACUGGAAGAACUGAAAUCUGAGAAUAAACCUGUGGGCCAGAUACUCAAACAUAUCUUGCAGGUUCUCUCAGCUGAGGAGAACCUCCAGCGUGCUCUUGAACUAAAGCAGCAAAACGAGGAAGAGAUGACCCUUGCAGCGUAUGCUGUUCUCAUUAACCUGUGCUGCCGUCAUGACAACGUAGAGGAAGCGCUCAACCUGAAGAGGGAAAUGAGCCGUAUGGACUCAUCUGUGGCCCUUGAUGCAAAUAAGUACAUCGUGCUGGUGAAAACCCUCACAAAGAAUGGCAAAGUGGAAGAGGCAGUGGACAUCCUAAAGGAGAUGAAGGAGAAGGAUGUGGUGCUGGGGGACACUCACCUCACCAUGCUCUUCCACACACUUAGCUCUCUGGCGGCCAAAGGAGGGCCAGACACUAUCAGACGUCUUCAGGACACCAUCUUUAGCCUGGGACUGGCCAAGCCAACAGCCAACCUCUGCUCUCCCCUCGUAACAGCCUAUCUGGACAGUAAUGACCUCUCCGGUGCUUUGGACGCAGCCAUAGAGUGUCAGCAACGCUACAAACAUCUCCCUCGAAUCCAUGACAUCAUCGUGGGCCUGGUGGAGAAGGGAGACACAGAACAGCUACAGAAAGCCAUGGACUUUGUGAGCCAGGAGCGUGGAGAGAUGACCAUGUUGUACGAUCUUUUCUUUGCCUUUUUGCAGACUGGGCGCUACCGUGAGGCUCGUAAAAUCAUUGAGACUCCAGGGCUGAGGGCGAGACCUGGACGCCUACAGUGGUAUGCAGAGAAAUGCAUUUCUUCAAACCAGAUGGAGGCCUUGGAACAGAUGGUAGACAUUACAUCAAAGCUGUUUGAGUGCGACAGAGAUGAAAUGUACCAUUAUGUCCUCCGACUCUGCAAGGACACAAAUGAUUGGCAGAAAGCAGAAGCCAUGUGGACAAAGAUGCAGGAGGAGAAUGUGAUUCCAAGAGAGAGGACCUUGCAUCUGUUGGCAAAUAUCUUGAAGAAUAAUGGCCAGGAGGUUCCCUUUGAGGUGCCCCAGACUUGGUAUGAACACUCUGCCACUGCACAGAAGACAAAGACGACAGCCCCAGUCUCUAAUUCAACUGAUAACGACACAGACUAUAAUGUGAAACUGCUCUCUCUGUGCAAAAAAGGCAAAACCAAAGAGGCCUACGGGAUGGUCAAAGACAUGAACAAAAAGGGGGUAUCUCUUGGCCCUGCCUCCUAUGAUCAAUUGAUCCGCGCACUGCUGGCCGAAGGAGCAAUAGAGGAUGCCAUGGUAGUGAAAGACAUUGCAACAUCUCACAUCCAUUCUUUUAAACUAAGUGACAUUGCAACAAACCUGCUCAUUAUUACUCAAAGCAAGAAAGGACAAUUGGAAGAUGCUCUUCUGAGUCUUAAGUCUAUGCUCCAGGCCAACCAUGUGCCCUCUAAACUUGCUGUCACUAGACUGGUGCAGGCCUUGGGCAGUCAUGGCGACACUGACAGUAUCCGAGAGGUGGAAACCAUCAUGAAGGGGCUCAAUACACCCCUCAACCUGUCAAGCAUGGUCUUUAUCAACAAUACUGUACUGGCACAUAUCAAGAACUGUGACCUGGAAUCGGCUGUGGAAAUUAUGGAGUCAGUUUACAACAGUGACGAAAAUUCUUCACAGAGUAUGUCUUUCGUCUUCAGAAAAGUCUUAGAAAAUGGCAAUGACAAAGCUUUUGACAAAUUGUGUGCCACGGCCGAGCGACUUGCCAAUCACUUUGCGUGCUACAGACCAGCUGCAGACAUUUUUCUUCUGCUCCUGGAUACAGGCAAAGUGGAGGACGCUAAGUUCAUGCUGGCUCGCUGUAAUGCAGUGGCUGAACAGAAGGACAUCCUGGUAUCUUAUCUUUCCAAAAAGGCUCAAACUCCUGGACAGGUGGGAAAGAUUAAAACACUGAUGAACCUGAUUCCAAACUUCACGGAGAAGAAAGUGCUCUAUCCCUACCUGAUGAAAUGCCACGUUAUGGAUAAGGACUUGGAGUCCGCUAAAGCUCUGCAUGAGCAGAUGCAGAAGGAGGGAGUGGAGGUGGACGAGCUGUCACUCAAACGGUUGGCGUCUCUGUACCGCCAAGCUGGAGAAACUGCGCCCUUCACUGAACCCCCUGAAUCAUUUAAAUUUUAUGCUGACAAAUUGAAGCUCUCCAACUCUCAGACAACAGAAGAAUAAAGACUUUUCCCUCCUGAUUCAAACAUCUUUUUUUACCUCUCUUGAAACUUAGUAUUGUGUAAGUGUGAAUGUUAUGCUGUCCAAUAUGUCUAUAAAAGUAAUGGAGAUUAAAAAUGUUGAGGCUGUAUAUACAUAUUUAUGCAAAUAAAUGUUACAAUUGGA